AUGGAGACAGAAGUCAAAGUGGAAGAGUCAAGUAAACCUCUCCGAUAUGUUGAUAUCGGUAUCAACUUGAGCGAUCCCAUGUUCCGGGGUCACUAUCACGGCAAGAAGGCUCACGAUGAUGACUUGGACGAUGUCAUUCAGCGAGCCAAGGAUGUGGGAUGCGCCAAGUUCAUGGUCACCGGCUCGGAUCUGGUCGAGUCGGAAGCAGCCGUGCAAAUAGCCCGCGACCACCCUGGCUUUUGCUACGCAACUGUGGGUGUACACCCUUGUCAGGCAAAGCUCUUUGAUGAGUACCCCGGGGGCCCCGACAAGAUGAUCGAGGAUCUAAAAAAGCUGGCCAUCGAGUCCAAGGAGGCCGGGUUCACGGUUGCCUUUGGCGAGAUCGGUCUCGAUUAUGAUCGAUUGUUUUUGAGCAAAAAGGAGCCCCAACUCAAGUACUUUGAGGCUCAACUAGAUCUGGCCAUCGAGAUUGGACUUCCCUUAUUCCUUCACUCCCGAGCUGCCAGCGAGGACUUUGAGCAACUGUUGAGUUCCAGACUCGAUCGACUUCCAAAAGGUGGUCUUGUGCAUAGUUUCACGGGCACCAUGGAGGAGAUGCAGCGGCUGGUAGCGCUGGGCUUGGACAUUGGAGUCAACGGCUGCAGCAUGAAAACCGAGGAGAAUCUGCAAGUUGUCAAGGCCAUUCCACUGGAACGACUGCAGAUUGAAACAGACGGCCCCUGGUGCGAAAUUCGACCAUCCCAUGCCUCAGCCAAACACCUGAACGGUGCUCCAGAGCUACCCAAAUCAGUGAAGAAAGAGAAAUGGCAGAAAGGAUGCAUGGUCAAGGGACGGAACGAACCCGUCGCUAUUGCCCGUGUGGCGCACGUAAUUGCAGCGGUGAAGGAAAUCACUGUGGAGGAAGUGUGCGAAGCGGCAUGGAACAACUCAGUUCGGAUGUUUGGACUUGGCGUGGAGACUCAGUAG